AUGGAACGAAUGAAAACCUGCGGCACCAGCUCUGUGCCCAGCAGAGUUGAACUGGUCGAGGACCUGCUGUCCCAGUUGCUUCAGAAUGUUGAUGACAUCAUCAAACACUUUGUCCACACGGAGCACGAGUUGGAACUCAUAAGAACUCGCUUUCAAGACAGACUGAAUGAUAACCAAGCUAGUCUUGAAAGAACCCCCACCUCUUAUGGAAACUCACUGAAGAAACAUGCCCUAAAGCUUCAAACAUCCAUGGACAAGAGUUUGAGACGUGAGUUGCUUGCACGGGAGAAGCGGGAAUUUCUCGAGCUACAGCGGGCGGAAAAGAAAAUGAACAAACACUUCCUGCACCUCGAUGAUCUGAUGGUUGCCGCUCGUCUCCUGAGAUCGCGUGGUUUCGUUAGAUUGUUGAAGCAAGGCCGGGUGAAGUUCAGACAGAUGGAAUGUUUGGUGGACGAGACUCAGGGGCUGAAGGCAAUUUUCGAUGACUUGGAAUCGGAGUUGGCAGCUUUGGAACUAAGUCUAAGUAAUUUGGAGAGAUACUUCAGAAGGAAACAGGAAGCCAAGCAGGGGCGCAGUGCAGGAACAAGGAGCAAGGUAAGGAAGAUGUCAACAAGGGUGGCGAUUGCCCUUGGAUUCAAGCCGCACGAACCUCGAUGA